UACAAGCUGUUCCAAGGUGCACCCACAAGAUGGCUUCCAACACCAACCACCCGUUCAACCCACCGAGUCUCUUCGUGAAGGACUACAUCCCUAAUUCUAUGACCACAGGGACCAUCCUGAGCAUUGCAUUACCAGGAUUUGCCGUCAUCUUGAUCACAGUAUGGCUGAUGACUGCCAAGGAUUUUCAUGGACGUCCAAUUCCCCUGGGUCAGAGGGCUAUGUUGGCUUGGUUUGGUCUGUGCGGGAUGAUACACUGUAUCCUAGAAGGUUAUUUCAGUGUUUUCUACCAGACUAUCCCCAGCAAGACUGACUUCUUGGGCCAGAUUUGGAAGGAAUAUGGGAAGGGAGACAGUCGUUAUGUCAUUGGUGAUAACUGCACUGUAUGUGUAGAAUCAGUUACCGCCUGGCUUGAAGGACCAGCUUGUUUCCUCAUCAUCCUUGCUUACCUUAGACGAUCUCCAAGUAGAUAUCUCCUUCAACUCUUGGUUUCCACUGGCCAGCUAUAUGGUACGAUCAUAUUCUUCAUGACGGAGUACCGCGAUGGUCUGGCUCAUUGCAAGUACGGUGAUCCUCUGUACUUCUGGGUUUAUUUCAUUUCCUUCAACGUUCCUUGGGUUAUUAUCCCCAUCAUCAACAUCAUUCAUUGCUUUGGUCAUCUCUCUGCUGCUCAAGCUAGCUUAGACCAAUCCUCUCAACAGUCGACUAAAAAAGCACCAGGCAACAAAAAGAAAAAGUACUAGCGCCACACGGAGAUGAAGGUGUGCUUUUUGCUCAGGGCCAAUAUUCUUAAAAGUUUUAACUUUUGUGUUUAGUUGUUACGACAGUCAUAAAUGAGCGGUGCAUCAGUGGUUUAUUUCCAAUUUGUCUAAUGCCAAUUCUUCCAAUUGCCAACUUGUCGACUAUCCUUUAGUUUACCAUCAGUCCGCUCACCAUAUGGUCUAAUAACCAGUUGGUCCAAUGGCCAUUUAGUCCAUAUAACAUUUGGUCUAAUUGGACUAAGUGUUCAAUUGUGCAAAAUGAAUGAAAAUGAAAUGGAUAUUAGACCAACUGCUUAUUAGACAAAGUGAUGAUUGGACCAAAUGGUUAUUAGACGAAAUGUUAUGGACGGAAUGGCAUUAGACUAAAUGAAAGUAGACCAUGUGGAUAGUGGACGAACUGAUAAUAGACUAAAUGAUAGUAGAUGAGUUGUCAAUUGGAAGAAUUGGCAUUAGAUGAAUUGGAAAUUUACCGGUGCAUCAGCAUAACCUACAUGUUUUUUGCUUGCUGGUCAGUGGGGAUGAAUUUGUUCCAUUCAAAAUUGAUUUUAGGAGUGUCUGGGAAACAUAGUUUGGCUAUCAAAUGAAGCUAGACAACUUGAAGGAUGAAUGUUUGAGAAUACUGGCCCAGGGUGUUGAUAGCAGGUACUCUGUCAACAAGUGCUUCAGUUUGAAUUCCUACGUGUCUUCGAAGUAUGUAUUGAAUGAAAUCACAAUGAACCCUAAAUCUGAAAAAUGAGUUUAAUUCCUGACAUUGCGCCAAAUGUCCCUUCAUAGAUAAUUAUCAUUCAGUAACAUUGAGUCCUACCCAAAUGAACACCACACUCUGACCCUUCAUGUUAAAUAUAUAGUUCAACUUUCUAUCUGUCUACAAGCUUGGCUCAGAUCCUACACUAAAAAUGAAGCCUGGAGCAUUUGUUGUUAGAUCAUGGACCUACUACAACGUGUAGUAGGUCCAUGGUUAGAGCAACUGUUCAAAAAAUGUUGAAAUAAUCAUUCAUCUUUCAAUUCUCUUUUAUUGAACAAAAGAAAAACUUUUUAAAAAUCACAAUGGGAGUCAUGGGACUAAAACUGGAAUAUUGAUAUUGGUAAUUAUGAUAAGGUAUACAUUUUUUGAUUUUUAAUGACCAAAUGUGCUGGAUAUAUGCCUUUAAUAUCUGAAUUGACAAUGUUAUGGAAUGAGUAAAUAUUGAUGUUUUAAUCAUGAGAAAUCAGGUAGUUUUAGCUAGAUUCUCAAAUCAUAUUUUCUGUAAUUUUUAAUAUUUGCUGUGUCAAGUUUGAUUCUGUAUUGUAGUUAGGAAGGAU